GCGCGGAGCGGGCGGUGUGGGCCGCGGGCAGGACGGCGGAGCCAUGCCGGCCUCGGUGGCGUCGGUUAUCUCGCGCUUCCUGGAGGAGUACAUGAGCACCACGCCGCAGCGCCUGAAGCUCCUGGACGCCUACCUGCUCUACAUCCUGCUGACCGGAGCGCUGCAGUUCGGUUACUGCCUCCUCGUGGGGACCUUCCCCUUCAACUCCUUCCUGUCCGGCUUCAUCUCCUGCGUGGGAAGCUUCAUCCUGGCGGUCUGUUUGAGGAUACAGAUCAACCCACAGAACAAGGGAGAUUUCCAGGGCAUCUCUCCAGAACGAGCUUUUGCUGACUUCCUCUUUGCUAGCACCAUCCUGCACCUUGUUGUCAUGAACUUUGUUGGUUGAAUCCUUCCCAUUCACUGAAACAAGGAGAAAUAAAGAACAAUAUUUUCACUUCAUGGGUUCUCGGAUAGAAAUGACAUCACUUGAGGACAAGCAGAUUUUCAUACUUCACACUUACAACUUACUGCAGACAUCAUUUUAUUUUGAAGUUCGUGGUGGGAAAUACAGGGAAGAUUCUGUACCAUUCUUCCUCUGAAGUACUUUGUAAUGAGCAUUUAACACCAUGACCUCUGCCAUCCCCUCACUGUAAUAACCUGUUUGCCUUCCAAAUAAAGUGCUUCUUGUUAGUCCUCC